ACUGGUGCGCGCCGCGGGUGCGGGCGCGAUGGCGGCGCUGGGCGGGGAUGGGCUGCGCCUGCUGUCGGUCUCACGGCCCGAGCGGCAGCCGGAGUCAGCGGCGCUGGGCAGCCCGGGUCCCGGGCUGUGCUGCUGGGUGUCGGUGUUCUCCUGCCUCAGCCUUGCCUGCUCUUACGUGGGCAGCCUGUACGUCUGGAAGAGCGAGCUGCCCAGGGACCACCCUGCCGUCAUCAAGCGGCGUUUCACCAGUGUCCUGGUGGUUUCCAGUCUCUCACCCCUCUGCGUGCUGCUUUGGAGGGAACUAACGGGCAUCCAGCCAGGCACAUCCCUGCUCACCCUGAUGGGCUUCAGGCUGGAGGGCAUUUUCCCAGCAGCACUGCUGCCCCUGCUGCUGACCAUGAUCCUUUUUCUGGGCCCACUGAUGCAACUCUCUCUGGAUUGCCCUUGUGAUCUAGCAGAUGGGCUGAAGGUGGUCCUUGCCCCUCGCUCCUGGGCCCGCUGCCUCACAGACAUGCGUUGGCUGCGAAACCAAGUGAUUGCGCCCCUGACAGAGGAGCUGGUAUUCCGGGCCUGUAUGCUGCCCAUGUUAGCACCAUGCAUGGGCCUGGGCCCUGCUGUGUUCACCUGCCCACUCUUCUUUGGAGUUGCCCAUUUUCACCACAUUAUUGAGCAGCUGCGUUUCCGCCAGAGCAGUGUGGGGAGCAUCUUCUUGUCUGCAGCGUUCCAGUUCUCCUAUACAGCUGUCUUCGGUGCCUACACUGCUUUCCUCUUCAUCCGCACAGGACACCUGAUUGGGCCUGUUCUCUGCCACUCCUUCUGCAAUUACAUGGGCUUCCCAGCUGUGUGUGCUGCCCUGGAACAUCCGCAGAGGCGGCCCCUCCUGGCAGGCUAUGCCCUGGGUGUGGGACUCUUCCUGCUUCUACUCCAACCCCUCACCAACCCCAAGCUCUACGGCAGCCUUCCCCUUUGUGUGCUUUUGGAGCGGGCAGGGGACUCAGAGGCUCUCUUGUGCUCCUGACCUUCACUCCUGUGUACACUCCAGUGAACUCUAAUGGGCUCCGUGGCCCCUCCCCAUCAAGGGGUACUGCAGGGAGGGGCUGGCCAGGGUCCCCGAGAUCUCAGGAAUUUUUAUAGGGGAUUGAAGCCAGAGCUAGUUGAAUCCCAGGGACCAAGAGAAAGGAGCAGAUAUCCAAAGGAUGCAGCCCCUCUUGAAAGGGGGCGAGGAGCAACUGGGAGGGGACCAAGGGACAGGUCCUAGGAGCUGUGCACUCCCUUCCUCACUUUGGACUAUUGCUUCUCCUAGCUCCUCUGCCCCGCUCUGCCUCUGAAAAGCUGCUCAGGGGUUUUUAUUUAUAAAACCCCUCCCCUAAACUUCCCAGGGUUUUCUCAUUGUCUUUUUGCAUCAGAACUUUGUAUUGGGGUAUUAAAGAGAUUUAACUUGGGUAACAUG